AUGGAUAAUAAUCAGAAUCAAGAAGGGCUUGAUGGCUUGCCAUUGGAGCCUUGGAUGAACCGGCAGCACCUGAGCUCAGUUCAUCCUGGUCUUUCUGCUCAGGCCUUUAGCCAGCACAUGGGUGCCCAGCCUUUGCAUGAUUUAUUAUCACAUAGAAGUUUGCAGACAUUUUCCACAGACAAUUCCAAGACCUUGUCUUCAUCACCAUCCCUUCAGCAGUACAGUCUUUCGUCAUCAGCACGGCUGAAUCAGCCAGAACACCUAUCCCUUUCACAUGAACGUUCAGCAUGGUCCCAGUUGUUAGCAUUGGAUCCAACAAAGAUCACCCAGAUGGGUUCUCAUUUGCCUAAUUCUCAGGUUCAUUGUUUGACACAGGACACGCAACUUGCUCAAAGCACAAGACAUGACCCAGUACUCAUGUUGAAAGGGGACCCCAAACUGACACCAUUUGAUAACAGAAGUUUAAAUCUGCCCAAGUUGAAUUUUGCACUGGCAUCAAACAGUGCUGCUUCCAUUCCUCACGAUAAUUACUUGACGGUAAAAUCACCACAGAAUAAAAUGCUGCAGCAGUUUAACCAGCCUAUGAACUUUUCUAAGGCAGCAUAUGCUAGUAAACCAACACCACCCCAAACAUUAGCUAUAUCCGCUGAUGUAUCCUCCCUGGAAUCUUCGGGUAGUUAUUCUCCUGUGUCACCUCCUGCUGUGGGUGCUAAUUUAGAUGAACCAAAUAUUUCCAGCUCUGGUCAGAGCUCUAGCAGAACAACCGAUUUGUUUCUGAGAGAAUCUCAUGAUAUGUCAUCAGCCACAUUUCCUCUGUUUUCAGCAUCUGACCAGGCAGAUUUCUUUAAUUAUCUUUCGGGAAAAGAUGAUGCUUUUCCAUCUGACAUUAAUAUGCAAGAUUCAUAUUCAGAAUCAGCAAAGUCAUUUACUGGGUUGUUUUCAUCGGAAGUGCCGCUAGACAUGACAACUGCUUUUAAUUCAAAGGAUACAGUUCCUGAAGUUGCUUUCUCAUCUGAUUCAAUCACAAACGGUAAGUCAUCACUGACUGAAACCCUAUUUACUAAAGACUGUGUUCAUCCAAAGGAUUCUGUUAGUGAGAUGAAUGCCACAGCAUCCACAGCUGACCGGAACCAAUCACAGAUUAUUUUGCCCAAUGCUUGUGAUGAAAAAAUUACCAGACUGGUAAAAAGUACACCGAAAAAGUCAAAUUUCUAUGGAAGAGACGCAUCGUUAUUUUCAUUUAUGCCUUCAUCUUCCUAUAUGGGUGAUGCACCAGUGUCUGAAUACCAAUCUUCGGAUCUGGUUAGAGCUGAUGUUAUAGAAAAUAAAGAUGUAGUCACCAGCAAUAAUGAAGCAUUUUCAGAAUCAUUUGGCAUUCAAUCGCUAGACAAAGUCAGUAAUGCCGCUGAAAGUAACACUGUAACAUCAGGUGUGAGCACUGUUAGCAUUACCACACUUAGUCGUGAUGAACAUGCAGUGUUACCCCCAGAUCCUGUUACAAAUGUGUCAGCUGAUUGUUCAAAUUUGCAGAUACUAGAAGACUGUAAUACAAGUGAAGCAUGGAACAAUGACACAUUGGGAAAGUCUUUUGAUUCCAAAGAGACACUUGUGGCAAAAACCAGUGACAUACAGUCGAAUGAUUACUCUGAAGAUAAUGACUUGACACAAGAUGAAGUAAAGGAUUUAUCCAGCAGUAAUGAUGAUACAGUAAUUGGAGAUGCUGAUAAUACUGAAAAAGAACUCAGUGAAGAGAGUACAGACACCUGGAGUCAGAAUGUCGAUAUACAGGAACACGCCACCGAAGAUUUUCUAACAGCUCGGUUGAUAAGCAAACCAAAAACUGCUAAACGUAAGAAACGGAAAGCCGCUACUGGCUUUCAAACCAGGCAGCGUAAAAAGCCAGUAAAAAAGCAACGUCUGAGUAAUCUGGCAGAAGGAUGUGAUGGUGGUUUAAAUACUGAAGUUAAUAAUUCUAACACAGAUCCAGAUGCACAAGAUCCAGACGUAUCAGAGUUGCAGAAUGAUGAACAGACAUCUUAUUUAAAUGAAACAACUAGUGUUAAGAGAAAACCUAGACGGGUAUCUACUGCUAAGGCUUCCAAUGUUGACUUAACUCCACGUAGAAGCUCAAGUCGUAAAUCUAAAGACAAUGCCAUGAGGCUGAUUGAGCUUCAGGCAGAUUCAAAUUAUAGUGGUAUAGCCGAGUCAGCUCCUGUUGUGGAAAAGAAAGCAACCCGUAAACGGAAGAACACAAAGUUGAGUUCAUCGUUAGUCGCAGGGGGUGGUUUUAGUGAAGGGGAUACAACUGAAGAAGAGAAGAGCGAUGAAAAUGAUGGAGAUUAUGUUUAUGAUGAAGACGAAAUUGAAGGUUUUGAUAAUGAUGAGCCUUUAGAGCAUCCAGUGGGUAAGAAAAUUAAGGAAAAGAAACUUGGAAGUCUUAAAAUAUCUAUCAAGCUGAGCGGAAAUUCUUCUGCUGAAAUUGUAUCUGGCAUUGAUGAUUCUCCAGCCACAAAAAAGAGAAAGACUGCAAAAAAGAAAAAUCAGAAGACUAAGAACAAGAACAAAAUGAAACCUAUUAAGGAGUCGGAUGAAGAAGAAGCUGUGCAAGAGCCUUUGAAUUCAAGUGGAGCUGUGGAAAAUUGUGAGGAGACAGUUAAUGCGGCAAGCGAUGACAGAGCUGAAGAUGCUGGGAAUUCCUCUGAUGCCAAAGACAGACACAUGUCACUCAUGGAAAAGUAUUUCCUCACCGCUAGUACAGCAACAGCUGCACGACAGACUCAGAAGAAAACUGGAAGGGAGUCGGCAGCUCAGAGAAAAACAGGUGCUAAAGUUAAAGUUGCCAAAAAUUUGGCAUUAAAAUCGGGCAAGAAACAGAAUGAACAGAGCAAAGAAUUGCUGCAGAAAACUCCUGUGAAAUCUGGUGGAGAAUCUGCGGUUCAGAAUAAUAAAGCUGAGAAAGGGGUGACACAUGAUGAUGCAGAAACUGGAGUUGCCAAGUUUAUUUGUGGGUACUGUCCACAAAGGUAUCAUAACAAACAGGAACUUCUUGCACAUAUGGAAGCUCAUAUGGUUGAAAUGGAAAAGACAAGUGAUACUGAAGUUGGAGAGGACAAAAAAACGCAGUCGGUCACAACCAAUCUUACCGCAAGCAGAGACCCUAGAUCUAACCGAUCUGGCAAUGCAGAAAUUAUCAGCACUAAGCCUUCAGUUGCUGAAAAAACAGCAGAAAAGGUAAAGCUUAAACCUGUCGGAGAUCUCGUUAAAGAGUCAAAAGAUUCAAAUGUAAAAAGUGUUCAAGAAACUUUGAAACAGAAGUUAAAAUGUGGUGAGUGUGGAGAAGUUUUUGAUUCAAAACCCAAUCUGCUGGAACAUGUACGUAUCCAUACAGCAGAUAAGCCUUUUGAGUGUGAUAUAUGUCACAAAUGUUUCACAGAGAGAAAUCUUUUAUCCGUGCAUCGUAAAACACAUGGCCAAGAAAAGCUACUGCGGUGUCAUAUGUGCAGUAAAGCUUUUGUUGAUAAAACUGAUCUAAAUCUGCACAUGCAGUCUCAUCCACGACGCUCAAACGCAAAACCAGCAGACAAACACGUGCUGAUCAUUAAGAAAUCCUUGAAAAAGAGUCUGCAAGACAAGCAGGAUUUGGAAGAUCCAUUUGUCCCUAAGAAACCAAAGUCCUUCGCUUUAGCUCUUACUGGAGAGAUGGAUGUACCAGGGAAGGCAACAGAUACUUCAUCAUCAGUGCUUGUUAUCACAAGAGGUGAAGGUACUAGUGCUGAAGCAAAGAACAGCAGCAGUUCAGGGAGCCACAAGCCUAUUUUAAUUGAACCUAAAGUGUCUUUAAAACCUCUUACGUCAAAUAUAAAACCAGCUAUUGUAAAGACUAUUAGUUACACAAAGAAACCUGUAGAAAUCUCUGUUGCCAAUAGUAAUGUUAAAGGGGACAGUAAUAAAAUAGAUGGUAAAAAAAGCAAUGAUGUUACCGCUAGUUCUGAUGGCGAAAAGACAGAAGCAGUUGUACCAAAUGUCUGUACCUGUAAAGAAUGUCCAGACUGUGUGACCAGAUUUCUGCAGAGCUUUGAGUGA